AUGAAAAACAAGUACUCUCCUAUUUCAGAUUCUGAUGACUCUUCCAAAACGCUCAAUGAUGAAAAGGCAGAUAGUCGGUCGUCUCCUUCAGAUGGUACGCCUCCUCCGUAUUCAGCUUCAACCAAAUUUAUUGAUCUCGAAAUGGCUCCUGAAACAGAAGAAAGUUCUAAAAAGAAAAGAUAUCUGACGCCUCGUGAAUUAGCAAUUGUUUUUGCUAUUUUUAUUGUAUAUAAUGUAUGCUUGAUUAUUGCGAGGGUCAUUCUUCUUGUUUACGAAAUUCCGUUUAAUCAGCUUGCCGUUUGGGUACUUUUUGGCGUUUGGUGCGCUCUAUUUCUGUCAUUGACAAUUGUAAUAACUCAAAUGCCUAAAGAAUGGUUCACGCAAGCUGGAAGAGCAACCAAAAAGAUUCUAAAGAAAUUUGGAAGAGCAACCAAAAACGUAUUGUCAACUAUGUGUAUCGCAGCAUUAUAUGUGUGUUUUCUCGAUGUCCCCGGUUUCACCUUGUAUUAUGCUGCAAAGAAGUUCUCAGGAUUUGAAAAGAUAAACAACAAUUUUUUCUAUGCUGUUUGUUUUGUUAACUUUGUCUUGUUUCUUUAUUUGACGAUGAAUGCAAAUGCGCGUGAACGACUUAGAUUAGUAGUCGUCGAUAUGGGAAACGGCAUAGGAAGCGGCAUAAAUGCCUUAGGAAACGGAAUAGGAAGCGGCAUAAAUGGCCUAGGAAACGGAAUAGGAAGCGGCAUAGGAAAUGCUGUGGAUCAUAUGUUCGAAGGGACAAAUCGAAGAGAUGAAGCACCUCCGAACGAAGAAAUCGAACUUCAACCUCUUGCUGAGCAAAGCGCUGAAGUUUGA